AGAGGAAAAAAGCAGUCGUACCAAGAAAAGAUAGGGAGGAGAAGGAUCAAGAAAAGUCUCGAAAACGACCAUUCCUUCUCUUCCAUUGUCAUUAUAACUGUGAUCUUUCUUUUUCCAAACUUUCAUAAACAUCUCUCUCUCUCUCUCUCUCUCUCUCUCUCUCUAUAUAUAUAUAUAUAUAUAUAUGUACAUACUUUUAGAGAUAAAAACUUGAGAAAAUUAGCAGUUCAGAACGUUUUCUAUAUUGUGUGCGUGUGUUUUUUGGAAAGAACUUUGCGGUCUGAUGGACAUGUCUGCGAGAAAAAGAACCUUGCUAAAAGUAAUAGUCCUUGGUGAUAGUGGGGUGGGAAAGACAUCUUUGAUGAAUCAAUAUGUCUACAAGAAGUUCAUUCAACAAUAUAAAGCCACCAUUGGUGCUGAUUUUGUCACCAAAGAACUACAGAUUGACGACAAACAGGUCACUUUGCAGAUUUGGGACACAGCAGGGCAGGAAAGGUUUCAAAGUCUUGGGGCUGCAUUUUAUCGAGGGGCGGAAUGUUGUGUUCUUGUAUAUGAUGUAAAUGUUCUCAAAUCAUUUGAGACACUGAACACUUGGCGUGAAGAGUUUCUCAAACAGGCUGAUCCGGCAGAACCUGAAGCAUUUCCCUUUGUAUUACUUGGAAAUAAGAUUGACAAAGAUGGUGGAAACAGCCGAGUGGUUUCAGAGAAGCAAGCCAAGGAAUGGUGUGCUGCCAGAGGAAAUAUGGCUUACUUUGAGACCUCGGCAAAAGAGGGCUACAAUGUUGAUGAAGCAUUUCUCUGUGUUGCAAGAACUGCACUAGCUAAUGAACAAGGAUGUGAUCUGGACAAUACUUACUUCCAGGGUAUCUCAGAAUCUCUAUCAGGUAUUGAACAGAAAGGAUUUUGUGCAUGCUAAAGUUGGUUUUCAAGGAUUGCAUGUAUCUAUUUCAAGCUUUUGGGGUUGCUAUAAUUCUUUGAUUAAUUUUCGGGUGGUAGGAGGAGGAAUUUGAUCCUUUUCAUGUAUUCUCGCAUUCAUGAAUAUAGUUGUAAGGUGUCCAUUUUGCUACUUCAGAGACAAAGCAAUCAAGUUGGUGUGACAUAAAACCUGCAAAAUCCAGUACUCAAUAUGCAUUAAAGCAUAUUUGUCUGCAAGGUCUGAAUUAAUUCAGUACAUUUUGAAUGACAUUUUACACAUUUUGCUGGCUA